AUGCUGCUUGAGACCCAUCGACUCCAGUAUAUCCGACAGAUAGUAGGUCCAUACGGAUAUUAAAAUCGCCAAAAAUUUAUCAAGGGCUCACUUGACAUGACCAGAGACUCGAGGUAAUCGGUAAACGGCUUAGUGAGAAAUGUAGAUGUGGUCACAGCAUGUUUAGCAGAAUAUAGAGCCCUCUGAACUAUAAUGAGUCGUAAACGAGAAAUAGUUACUAGCAAACUUAUUCCAUUUAUAAGUUUAUUAGGAAACUUAUUCCGACCACGUUUAUAUAUCAACAGCUCUUUACAUUUGCGAUUGGUUGUAUCCCUCAGUGACUCCUACAGGCGUUCCCGUACUCUGGAUAGUGUUGGGAGUUUCCGUGACUCUUUCUGCUUUGGUGGUGGGGAUAAUUGUCUACCGUAAGAGAGCAAAGAGGAAUAAACGGUAUUUCAUAAAAUGUUAUUGUCUUUGUGAAUUCUUUGUAUUAUGAUAAUGAUAUGCAUGCGGAAAAAGACGAUAUUUUUUUCUGUGCAAGUGUCCGUUGGCCUUUAAGUGUCUCUCAGUCAAGUCGCGCUGGUGAGUGACCUUCCUUACAGACCAAGGCGAUGUACUUUUAUCACCUUGUAUGAACCAGGAAACCAUCUCUGAUUUAAGCAUUAUCACAAGCCCAUGAUUAAUGACGACAAAUUUCAUUAACAUUUAAUUUGCACUAUUUUCUUUAGAUCCAGUGAGUCUGACAUUGCUGAGUUUAUGUUGCUGGAAGUCCCACACGAGCGGGUUACUAUCAUGGAGGAACUGGGACGAGGCGCUUUUGGAAGAGUUUAUAAGAGCGUGAUGAGGGGGUUACCUGAAAAGAAUACAUCCUCUAAACCCAAGGAUCACAGUUUGGAUUCGCACGAGGGACGUAUUGUUGCUACAAAAGUUCUACCAGGUGUGUGAGUUCAGAAUAUGGCAAAAAGAUAACUUACUCUUUCAGCAAACGCUAUUCACGGGAGUGAUUCUUAUUAAUAACAGGCAAGAGAGCCUCUCUUGUAACAGGUUUGAAUAUUUAAUCCAAUAGAUAGCAAACAUUAUAUCGUGGAAAACAGCAUCUCAAUGCCCCAGUGGGUAACAUUGUGAUGUACCUCAGGGGCCCAUUUUAGAUCUAAAUUUUGUUUUCUACUUAUAUUAAUGACCUCCCUGAAUGUUUGCAAUUUACCACACGAUUUGCAGGGAAUAAAUUACUGUAGACACAAAAACCUUCAGUGAGAUCAGAACAUUGAUAAGGUGUGCUGCAAGGUUGGUCGUGUUAUAAGUGGUCUUAGACAGACUCGAGUUUAUGUCACAUUAUUUAAACGUACUAAAAAGUAUAUAGCGCUUAAAUCGAUGCCCGUGUUCAAGCAAAAACCGAGCGAGCACCUUUCAACAAAACCACACAGAUAUAAAAAAUGCAAAACAGAGCAGGCUGCAUGAUCACUUCUCAGAGCUGUGACAUGAUAACAGAUUAUCUCUUUAAACCAAUUCAAAAUGUUUGUGCAUUCCUUCGUAAUGUGUAGAUUGGUCGUUCUCUUAUGUGAUCUUUCGAAAUACGUUAUUCAGUCACUUGAGAACUUUAUCUGAUCGUAUGUGGUUGCAAAUAUGACCACAUUACUGCAGCUUUACUUGGAGCAUGAGUAGCGGAUUUUAAAUCAUUCAUGUCCGAGCUGUAAUCGUCAUUUGUUUCAAACUCACAUGUCUGUUAGGAGUUCACGAUCAUCAACCAUGAACUUGUUAAUUAGUGACACCCAGAUCAAGGCUAAAACUUUUAUCCGACGAUCAUGCUUUUUCGUUUUGUGCCCCUAAACUUUGGAAUGAUUCUCCAGAGCACAUACAGUGUAAAAUGGAGUUUGAAUAUUCGUUCUUCUAAGAGUAAUCUUAAAGCUUUAAAAACCUCUAAGCGUUAUUUUUAUUUCGUAGUUUUGUUUAACAAUUUUUUUUUGUCAGUGUUACGAGGUACUGCUUUCUAGUCGUUUAAGUUUAAAACAUUUAUUUGACGACGAUGACGGUGAGCCGAAAACCCUCGGUGAAACUCAACUACAAAAGCAUAUGGGGAUGUCCCUGUCUAUGCAGAGUCAAUGAAAAUGAGCCAAUUGGAUAGAUGCGUUAGGAUUACAAAUGUACACUCAAGGAAAGUCAUAUUACUGGAGAUAGAGUACCCGUGGGACGAGAAUAGGGAAGCAAUUAAAGAACACAAAACUUGACGUCUAGAAUUAAAGAGACAAGUUUCCGGACUAAAAGAUCUUCCAGUAUUACAUCAUGUUACACGUCGUGCUUGGUGAUCGCUAGAUGAAGAGAACUAAUGGUUUUUCUUUGAGACUUUGUUUUAUCUACUCACUUAACUCAGGGAACCAAUUUUUUAACAAAUAGAUUUUUUUCUCAAGCAGAAAUUAGGACCUGAGCAAUUGACUGUGUUAUAUUUUCAUAGGUUAAAUAUACUUUCAUUUUAAUUAGUUCUUUUUUUCUUUACAUCUCGUUUUAGUUGUUUAUUAGUAACUGAUAUUGUGCAGCAUUUACGUAGGUCACUGUUACCUGGAUUUUCUUUAAAUGUCUUUUGUUUUUUAGAAAAUGCCACGGAAGAGGACAAACGGCAAAUAGUUCGGGAAAUUGAGCUGAUGAAGGAAGUCGGAACACACCGUAAUAUUGUGAGCAUGCUCGGCUACUGGAUCCAAUCACAACCCAUCAUGUUAAUCAUGGAAUAUGUUCCAAACGGAGACCUUCUCCAGUGGCUCAGAAACAAAAGGCAACAGGUAUCAUUACUUUAUCAGCUGUAUCAAUAAAAAUUUGCUGGCCUCUGUUUUGCCUUUUGUUUGAAAAAUAUCUUCUCUCCAUUCGGAAUAGGGCUGCGCACAGAUAUUAUUCAUAGAACUCAAACUCAGACAAACGAAUUCCUCAAUUUUGUUUGUCUUCUUGUCAUUAAAAUGUCAAGUUUGUCUGACUUUUGACGUGAAAAUAACAAAAAUGGCAGAUUUCAGACAAACAUGGCAAAUUAGUCUCUCUGACGUCAUUAGUAUUCUGUGCUGCACUUUAAUUUUCUAAUGAACAUCGUCCUGGGCGUGUAUGUUCUUUUUCUUACAUUGUGUGGUCUCUUAAGGGAGAAGGAAAAUCCUCUCCCUCAUCACACGUCUAAAAACCAUCGUCUUCAGUAAAAAUAAUAAGAUGCUAAACAACUUGAAGUGAGAAUUUGUACAUGUUACCUAUAAUUUAAGUUCUCAAAGACAGAGGUGCAAUAACUGAAUGUAGAUAUCAAUGCAACCGGAUAUUCGUAUUUUUCCAAACGCGGUUUAUACAGCCAGACUGUUUAGAUGUAUUCGGAAAACAAAGAUCGGUAAAUACACAAAAAUUUGCAUUCAACGCUGAAUUAAUAAAGCCAAGCUUGCCCUGGUACGAUCAGUUAAGGUUUCCGGGAAACUGGCCACCUAUCCCUCCCCUAAGCCACAUUUUGGCCUGAGCGAGAAGGUAGUGAUAAUGUUGUCUUAGGAGAGGGAAAGGUGGUCAGAAAAGAAAACAAAACGACGUUUUGAGCGUUUACCCCUGGGGGUACCCCCGCCCGAUAGGAUGAGGAUCUCCAUCUGUGGGACGUUAAAGAACCCACACACUCGCUCUUUGUGAAGAGUAGGGCACGUAGUGGCCGGUGUAGUGGUUUAUCUCACUUUCACACUCAUGUAUGGGGGCAUCAUUACUCAUUCCUUCAUUACUUGUAAAAUGCACCUUAAGCGGUCUCGCAAAGUCCCCCAAACAGUGUUGUAAAUUACACAUUACACGUCCCGAAAGCCCUGUACGAGAUAUGACGUUUAAUCCAUUUGAAUUUUUCGUGGACGCUUUAAAGAAAGUUGGCCCAUAUAUAAGGUAUUCCCGGCUAGAUUUUCAGUUUAACGUCGGUUAACUAAAUAAAUCUUUCAGUUCACAUGGAUUCCUUUUAAAUUGGGGAAAAUAUUUCGGCUAACCAACUGAUAGUGUUGAAAUUGUUUCUGCUGACAAAACCGUUUCAUGAUCAGACGGAAUUCAUUUCAAUAUUUUUUUGCAGCUUACAAUGAAAAAGAGUCAGCAAAGUGAUGUCGUUGAAAGGCUUAAGCCUCCUGUUCCUGAGAGGCCGACAUUGGUGUCCAGGAACCUGCAAACAAAAGAUGUCCUGGAUGAAAACCUGGAAGAGGAGAAGAGCGAAAGAAAUAAUGAAGAAAGUGGAAAAGACGGUGGUUAUCAUUCCAGCGAGAAGAAGGAAAUUAAAAUCGACCUGGACGACGUCGAAAGAGGAAUUCUAAUCAACGAUGCUCCUCGAUCUGAGAUGGAACCUUCUUGCUUAAAUCUGGGCUUCGAAGGUGACAAGGAGGAAGAAGAAAGUGACGUUGUCAACACGUCAUUUCUACAAAAUGAAGGGCGAAAGGGGUCGGUUGCGUCGGUGAUGGUGUUACCUUCGAUCAGUAUUGCCCAUUUCUCCAAAGAAAAAGAGCUCACUCUUGCUGAGCCCUUAAGAAACGUCGAAGAAAAGAUCACCAUCGAGAAAGAAGAAAGCAGCUGUGAGGGCAAGGAAGAUGAUGAAGAAGACAGUUCUGGGAAAGAAGUUCUAUGUUAUGCGUGGCAGAUUGCUAAAGGGAUGGUAAGAAUUUUUUCGACUGAAGAAUGCCUUGAGCAAUUUAGUCAUCAUUUGCAAAGCGCAAAAAUCUGCCUCUUGCCCAUAUUUAAAAAACUUCUUUUUCCGGCCUGUUAUUCCACGGAGGGCUUCAUUCCACUAACCCCAAGUCUCCCUGAAAAACAGCAUUUAAUUAAGUGUCAACAGGUGUCAACGGGCUUUCUUCCGCGGUUGAAAAACUUAAAAACCUUAUUUUUCAGCCAAUAUUCAUCCCUUCGAGUUAUCGAGGAUAAAAUUGUCUGGAAGUGAUAUGAAGGGAAACAAAAAUUACUUCGAGUUAGCGGGAGUUUCGAGUUAUCGAGGGUUCUAAUUAUCGAGGGUAAAAUUACGGUAAAUGUAUGAAGGAAAUCCAGGGGAAAUCGAUUUUGGUUCGAGUUAGCAAAAGGUUUGAGUUAGCGAGGGUUCGAGUUAUCGGGAGUCGACUGUAGUUCACUGAGCUUGUUCAACUUUGACGGCUUUUUUUGCUGAAAAGAAUACGUUGCGGAGUUUUCUUGGCCAAUUCCUUGAUUUGUUUCUUCGUUUUCCAACAGCUGUGACGGAAAUCCUCCAUCCAUUCUUCAUGAAUAGACCCACGAUCACUUCCUCCCGCUUUCCGGACCGUUUGCCUGGCACAGCUUACAGUAGCCUUUCCCGGCUCUCGAUAGUGGGGAUGUCGUGUAAGCGUAAGGCACCGGCAAAAAUAUAAACGCGUGAUCUAGAAUUGAAAAGGGGGCGGUGGCGGGCCAUUUUUGAGCCUGGAACAGACGUUUCUUUCCACUUGGUUGCCUUUCCGUCAAAUCGUUAAAUGAGUCGGGAGUUCAUUUAUAACGAUAUCCCGAUUAAGCUGCUAUCCCCCUGUCAUAUCGUAAAAUCGAGGUUCCAUUCUACUUUCAUAUUGACCAAUCAAAAUGGAAAUAUGUGUUGAUCUAAAGGUAUCUGGUAACUAAAAAUUGUUUGAGAAAUAAUUUCGUUAUUUCUGUGCCAGGAAUACUUGGCCAGCAAAAGAUUCAUUCAUCGUGACCUGGCAGCCCGUAAUAUCCUACUUGGUGAGGACAGAGCGGUGAAGAUCGCUGAUUUUGGUUUGUUACGCCAUACAAAUGAGAGUGAGAUAUACGAAGUUACGAGCGCACACAAGCUACCAAUGAAAUGGAUGGCACCUGAAGCGUUGGAAAGCGGCAUUUUUUCUUUCAAGACUGACGUGUAAGUAUAAGAUAUGUUAAGAAGUCACUGUUAGGCCAAGCUUGGGCUUCUUGUGAUGCAGUGUGACGUUGAGGUUCGAGAUAACAUAGACCCUGCAAUGUUUAGAACUGUCUGAAAAAAAAAAGAGCACAAUUUUGACACUGCUUAUAGUAGCGGUUAUCACUCUAUCUCUCAAGGAAUACUCAAGUAUUUGGAAAACAUUAGCCUGUUCCACGCGUGAAACUUGAAAAUAUGAGAUAUAAAUAGAAACUUUGAGCCGAUGAAGUUAAUCUGAGAUCACUUUGGAUCUUAGAUUCCACACUCCACAUCCCGCAUUCCAGAUACUGGAUUCCGGAUUCCAACUCAGUGUAUUCCAGCUUUCAAAAGGCCUAGAUUCCAGAAUUUCAUAGUUAGCAGGAUUCCGGAUUCCAAGGUCCAUGAUUCCGAGCAAAAACUUCCAGGAUUCCACAAUCCGUAUCACCUUCGAUUGGGCGAGAUAAACAAAAUGGAUGUUUCUAUGAAAUUUAAUUCUUGCUAUUUCUUUAUCUGCUUCCUUUUAUUGCAGGUGGUCUUUUGGAGUUGUUUUGUGGGAACUAGCCACCAUGGGUAAGCUGGUUUUAAAAAUCUUUGUAUAUUGAUGCUGGUAGAAUAAUACUCUUACUUGUCAUUUUCCUAUACGCGAGGGAAUUGAGAGGAAUCCUCCAAGAAAGUAGUUAGAGAAAAGAUUACUGUUCGGUUUUAGGAUCGCAGUCACAGGAGAUUUGAACCGCUUUAUAAAAGAGGCCAUUCUGGCAUAAUGUCGUGAUUGCUAAACAACUAGAAAAAAAAAAUAAUAGGCUCAUGUCCGCAGCUCUCUCAGUCGUCUUUACCGGGAAGGAGUGCAGGCUCAUAACAAUCCAGCCUAUAAGUCAUACCCUUAACAACAACUUGACCUGAUAUCACAUGUCACUUGGCGAAAUGAAUACUCAGUAAUGGUAAACUUGUACAUUACGUUAUUUUAAACCAACCUGGAGGUUGGUAAAUUGAUAUUACAUGAUGGUCAUUGAACUGAGUGGAGAGCACUUUGGUCUGAAAUCAUCGCGUGAUUUCGUGUGCGAGUUCGAUUUGAGAUUAGAAGUAUCAUUUCAGACUAAAAUUGCAUGACACGAAGUGAAAUUAUCACUUUAUUACAGCCAUUUUGAAAUCGCAGAAUUUAAUCCGUACCAGCAGUGAUUGGCCGUGGCACGAGAUAAGUUAGCUCGUUAUCCCCCCUGCUCGUUAACAUAUAUUCUGAGGUCAUGCUAAGAGAUGCUUUGAGCGGUGUGAAUGAAGGUAUUCGAGUGGGAGGUCAUCUCAAGACAGUGCGCUUUGCGGAUGAUCAAGCAACCUUAGCCAGUUCAGUUAAAAGUCUUCAACUUAUGAUGGGUAAAAUGCAGGAAAGCGCGGGGGAAUAUGAUAUGAAGAUCAAUGUUAAGAAGACUAAGGUGAAGAAAAUCUGUAAGAGGCCUGGUGAGGAAUUCACGAUCUUUCUUGAGGGUAAACAAUUAAGUCAAGAAUCGUCGCACUUUAACUACCUUGGGAGCCUCAUUACACAGGAUGGAUCCUGUGAAAAAUAUAUUAGAUCGAGAAUAGCCCGAAAACGCGUUUACUAAGAAAAAGGAACUGCUGACAAAAGCCUUCAGCGCGCUAGCCUUUGCCUGAGGAAGAGAAUUAUAAAGACUGUCAUCUUGGGUACUCUUCUGAAUGGAGCCGAAUGAUACACCUUAAACUGAGAAAGAGGACGUGCGAAGGCUGGGGAGUUGUGGAAUGUGGCUUUGGAGAAAGGUUUUAAACAUAACUUGGUCUGACAAAGUCUGUAACGAAGAAGUAUUGAGGCGUGUCGGUGAGGAGAUGGCCAUUAUAUCUGUUAGAGAGUCUGGCUUGGUCAAACCCUACGACAUGGUGAUCAUGUGUCAUUAGUUAUUCCGUGGGAUGCCUGUGGCACUCCCACAGUAAAAAUCCGGUUCGGUUGUACCCAAAAUUGCAAAGCCAGCCAAUAGGAUUGCGUAAAAUCUUUAUCGAUUAUCUCUUCUCCGAAGCCAACCAAUCAGAUUGUAAAAAAUCUGUAUCGAUUUUUAAUCGAUUUGCUUCCUCUGAAGAACGUUGAAAUCAGAACGUUUCUUGCCAAAUUUGUCGCGCUUGAGUUUUCCCACUCGUGGUUUAGGAUGGCUUGUUAACCAGCGAAAUCCUUCAGGAUACUGGCAAGUCACGAAAGGCGACCUAAGCCAAAUUAUUUCUUUCCUUCAUGAUUCUUUUUUGUCUAGGUCUAGCUUUUUCAUAAGGUUUUAGUAGCGUCUGGUUGCGUGCCAUGAUUUCCGAUAGAUUUUUCUAUUCGGAGUUCGCCAGUUUUUGCCGAGCACAGCUAGAGUUCUGUUUUUUCUUUUCUUAUCGAAAACACCUUGACGAUGGGAGGUUAAAUCGCGUAAAUUUCAACUCGCACCCUUGACGAUUGGCGUUGAAAUCGCGAAAAUACUGUCCUCGUCGAUCGACGACUCGCUUUCGGCAUGGAUUGGACUUCUGGAUGGGACACGGAUCAGGACAAGAGUAAACUUAUUAUACCUUGGAAUCAGGGAUAAUCAUUGGAACUAUGUUAACUUUUAGACCUUGGAAACACAUUGCAAUUAAUUUUUAACCGUAUUAAAAGCAUCUUGGAAUAUUAAACUUUCAUCUUGGAUUAAAACAUUGGAACUUUAUCGAGCUUUGUAACCCUGGGUUCGACCCUGGAUAAAGCAAGCGGAUGUUUUGUUUUGUUUUGUUCCAUUAACCUAGAUAGAACCCCAUUAUGCUUCCAUAGACCAACGCAUCCCACGGAAACGACUUUAGGCGUCUUGUUGAGGGAAGAAUACCUGGAAAGAGACCACCUGGAAGACCUCGAGCGGGAAUGCUGGAUAGAGUGAAGGAUGGCAGCUCUUACGUAGCGGUCAAGAGGCGUGCCUUAGAUCGAGAACCAUAAGGAAGGGCUUGCCUAUGGGCAGAUCAAAUAGCCUGUUGAAAAGCGAAAACAAAAGGACUUUUACAUCUCAUUUUGUAGUCGAAACAGAAAUGAUGCGAUGUAAAGCAAGGUGCGACGGUUCGACGUGGUUUAGAACAGAUGUGAUUGUGUGAUUCGUAAAUAAAUCACUCUGCUGAGAGCUAAUCAGAUUGCAGGGAUCACCAGCGAUUUCAAAAUGAAAAAUUAGAAAAGCCUGAUAAUCUUUGAUAAGAUAGCAUUGAUCUCUAUUUUUUUUAUUUUAGGGGGUACUCCAUACCCUGGGAUAAGCCCUAUGAGGCUAUGCAGUUUACUUAAAUCUGGAUAUCGGAUGGAGAAACCCAACACGUGCAGCGAUGAAAUGUAAGUCAUCAUAGAAAUAAUAAAAGACGCCCGAAAAGAGGGUACGAUGAAGAAAUACUUUCAUAGUCCUACAAACAGUUUUUUUUUUUCUAAAAUUGUCAGCCUUUUCCAAGGAGUGGAAACUGCAGCGCAUCUCUUUCCUUUACGUUGCCCCAUUCUAAAAAGAGCCCAUAGAACAUAAGUGUCUUCAAUAUUCAAAGUAAACGGAGACAUAUCUUUCUGUAGUGGUAUUUUAAACUAUGGCUUCCUUUUUCAACAGAUACAAAUUGAUGAUGGACUGCUGGAAGGAGGAUCCAAAUGAACGACCCUCAUUCGUUCAACUAAUACCGAUACUGGAAGAGAUGAUGACAGAAGAUACCCCUUACUAUUAUUUCAGACUCCUGGAUCAGAACCAGCCAUGUUACCGUGAGGCAUCCGCCACUAACACCAGUAAAACUAGUACUCUUGAUACGAAGCUGUAA